CAAUUUUAUAUUGAUAUUCAUUACUAUUAAUUUUUUCCUAUGAUGCAUGGAAUUAGUGUUUGUGGUUCUAUCUUCUAAAAAAGCUUCAUAUUGCACAUGUGGAUACAUAUUUCAGCUCUAAUAUUACAAGUCUUUUAGCCAAUCGGCAUUGAUGGACAAGCAAAACAUCUGAUGUAUAGUUGAGGAUUGAUUGCAUCUUCAAAAUGGAUGACAAACAACUAAUUGAAGAAGUUCAGAAGCAUCCAGAACUGUAUGAUCCUAAGAGACGAGAUUAUAGAGAUAUUGAUAAGCGAGAAUUAGCAUGGUCAGAAAUUGCCGAAGUGAUGGGUUAUACAUUACCUGAAGUUCAAACAAGAUGGAAAGUAUUGAGGGAUAGAUAUGUCAGAGAAAAAAAGGCUGCUGAAAGAGGUGGUCAUACAACACAAAAAGAACCGUGGCAUUUAAUGAAUCUACUUAGUUUUUUACAUAAAGUUGUAACUCACAGAAAAUGCAAAUCAACAAAUAGAAAUCUCUCUCUCUCAAAAAUGCCCAAUGUUCAACCUGAGGAUGUUCCAAUGGAUCCACAACCAGCAGAUUUAUUAGAUGUUUGUCUUCUUGAUGUUGAUCUCAAUUCACCAGGUGAUAGUGUUGUAACUGGAGUGUUAUCAGAAUCAUCUGAUAGCAACUGUCAGCAAGCUAAAGGCAAACGAAAAAGACAUUCUCCAGACUUGAAUGUUUCUAAUGAAAUUGGAUGGCAGACUCUAGGAAUAAAUGGUGAUAUAAUUCCAAAACAGUAUGAUGAAAAUGAUUUAUUUUGUAUGAGUUUAUCACAUUCAUUGAAGAGGCUUUCACCACAGAAAAGAGCAUCAGCAAAAAUAAAAAUAAUGCAAUUAUUAUAUAGUUUUGAAUUUGGUGAUGAACUUUAAAUAUUUUAUAGACUGAAAUUUGUAUAUAUACAUAAAUCAUUCAUUUCAUAAUAGCAUUAUAUGCAAUUACUUUAAAUAAAUGAGCUAUUUUUAAAUAUACUUUUUAAAAUAGUAAUUACAAAUUGUACUCUUUCUUAUUCUGAUAGAAUUUCCUUCAGAAUAACUAGCCAGUACCUGUCAUUACAAAUAUUGUUCAUUUGUUAAAAUUAUCUUACAUUCAAAAAGUUUAAAAUUUUUGUUUUCAUUCCAUGAUAUUCAAAACAUGUAUAUCAUUUAGUUAGUUUUGAUUGGUUGAUUUAUAUUAAGAUGUAAUAUGGGAAACUUUCAUUUUUU